GCGGCGAGUGCGGAGUGGGGACUGCGGCGCUAGCCCGCUAGCUCGCCCGGGAUGUCACGGACCGGCUGGGAGAGGGCUGGUGGCUCUGCGGGUGACGGCGUCUCGGCUUUUUUCUCUCGCGGCGUUGCUUGUUAAGCCGUGAUUCCCUCGGAGCCGGAGGCAAGCACCAGGGGCUCGGAGUGCGGCACUCCGGGGCCGGUGGCAGCUGCAGAGCUCUAGUCCGCGCAGCCCGUUGCAGCCUCAGUCGCCACCACCGGGCGGUUGCGCCCUGGUGAGUGCCCGAAGGCAGGCACGGCUGAGCCGAGCCGGCUGGUGCAGAGCGGCAGCGCCUCGCCCGGCACCCGCCGCCGUCCCCCGUGCAGUGCGGGGCCAGCCCGGCUGCGCGAAUCCGGAGUUUGCCGGAGCUGCCACUGAGCGCGGUUCCCCAAGACGGCUCCUUACCUCCUGCGUCCCAGUAAGUUGACUAGUUUCUGAAGUUGGAGGGAAACGUGGGAAGGAAAGAAAGCACGUGGUCAUUCCCGUUUCAUCAGUGGAGUGCAACUCUGGAGGUGGGAAAGAGUGAUUUCAAGGUGAGGAAAACAGCGACAAAGGACGGAGGGGAGCGUGCCAUUGCCAGGUUUCAAACAGGGCCCCGUGUUCUUGUCCACACCUCCCAGCUCUGCUCAGAGGCCUUUCUUCUAACAUGAACUAAUGAUAAGAUCCUGGAGCUGGAAGUGAGACACAGUUUCAAGAAGCGCCGGUCUCUCUGCAGGACGGCGCAGCACCCUGGCCGGAUGCGGAGCCCUCGGGAGCACUGACGCGCCCGCCCAGCCUCGCCGGCCCCCGCGCCGCCAUGGGCCCCGCAGGCACCGUGCUGAGCGCACAGACGCAGGCCGUCCUGUGGGGGAGCCUGGCCGCGGGCGCCACGCUCUUCCUCAUCACCUUCCUCAUCUUCCUGUGCUCCGGUUGUGACAGAGGAAAGAAGCCAAGGCAGCACAUUAGGGAUGAGGAGAAACUGAUGAAUCCGCCUUCAGACAAGGAGGUGUUCAGCCGUUCAGUUACUAGCCUGGCAACAGAUGCUCCGGCCAGCAGUGAACAGAAUGGGGCUCUCACCAACGGGGACAUUCUUUCAGAAGACAGCUCUAUGACCUGCAUGCAACAUUACGAGGAAGUACAGACCUCGGCUUCGGAUCUCCUGGACUCCCAGGACAGCACGGGGAAGCCUCCAAAAUGCCAUCAGAGUCGGGAGUUACCCAGGAUUCCUCCUAAUAGUGCAGUAGACACAAUGCUGAAUACAAGAAGUGUGGACGGGGACCAGGGCCUGGGGAUGGAGGGACCCUAUGAAGUGCUCAAGGACAGUUCCUCCCAAGAAAAUAUGGUAGAGGACUGCUUGUAUGAAACCGUGAAAGAAAUUAAGGAGGUGGGGGCAGCUGCCCACCUGGACAAGGGCCACAGCAGCAAGUCCAAAUCCACCACUGCCUUGAAAGAGCUUCCGGAGCCACGGACCGAGGGCAAAGCAGAGUUCGCUGAAUACGCCUCCGUGGACAGAAACAAAAAGUGUCGCCAGAGUGUUAAUGCAGAUAGUGUCCUUGGAAAUUCCUGCGACCCAGAAGAGGAGGCCCCACCGCCUGUCCCCAUUAAACUUCUGGAUGAGAAUGAAAACCUUCAGGAUAAGGAAGAGAGAAGGGCGAGAGAAGACGGAGCCAUGGAGGGAACCAGUGAAACCAACAAGAGAUUUAGUGCAUUGUCGUACAAGUCUCGGGAAGAAGACCCGACUCUUACAGAAGAAGAGAUCUCAGCCAUGUACUCAUCAGUGAAUAAGUCAGGACAGUCACUAAAAGUGCCAGAAGCCACCUAUACCUGUAUUCAAGAUGGUGCCCCUCAGAGGUCCCCCUCCUCCUGUAACGAUCUCUAUGCUACUGUAAAAGACUUCGAGAAAACGCCCAACAGUGUCAGCACACCUCCACCAGCAGGGAGACCGGGCGAGGUGCCGGAGCCGGAUUAUGAAGCAAUACAGACUCUAAACAGAGAAGAAGAAAAGGCCACCCUGGAAACCAAUGGCCACCAUGGCCUCUUCCCAAAGGAGAAUGACUAUGAGAGCAUUGGGGACUUACAGCAGUGCAGAAAUAUCACCAGGCUCUAGCAACCUGGAAGACAAAAUUCCACAUGACACACCCUCAGCAGGUUGGGAACAUUUCUUCUGUGGAAGAUGAGAAGUGAUUUUUAUUUCUGCUCUAUAUGCUGGUUGAGGAAACAGAAGAGCAUUGCAGACGCCAUGACUGUUUCCCCAAUUUCUGAAACAGUGAGCUCCAAGCACAUCAUCCUCGUGCAUCCUCACCCUCCACAAAAGAGCCAGCCCAUCAGCAGCAGUGUCAUCCUGUUGGUGAGGAAACCCAAGAUGCAAGGAAGAACUGCACUCAUUGAGAACUGCAACACCCCCUGCUUAAAAUACUGCCAUUCCAAGAGCAGGGUUUUUCUUUCUCCCUUGUGGCUAUCUGCUCCCAACUUUAAAAUGUUUGGUUUUCCCCCGACUCCAUAUCUUCCAAUGUGUAUGGUUCAUUCCAGGGAAAUUCUUCUACCAGGUUUGUCUUUUGCCUUCAACUGAGGCAUGGUAUGAUGGUGAGAAACUGGGGCUGCUGGUCACUCCUCCUCAGAGACCUGCUCAUGUCAGCGCCCAAGCAUCCGAGACCUGCGGGUGACUAGGAUUGGGCGUAUCCCCUGACUCUCUUAGCUCUUUGUUCCCCCUUAUUUUGGCACUCUGCAGUCAGCAGCCUCUCCGCCAAGUACUCGAGGUCAAUUCUCAAUGCCUUUUUUUAUUCUUCUUCUCAACACAUUCCCCUCACCCCACCCAGUAUUUUAAAACUCUCCAGAGCGUUUUCAGUAUUUUUAGUGAGUUUUGUGGUACUUGUUGUAGCCCAGAACUCAUUCCUUCCAAACAGAGAGCCUUAAUCUUUAUGUUGGAACACAGACCACUAUUUGGAAGGCAGCCAUGCUGUCCCCUCUGAAGGGCUGUGGACUGGAUGUUUUCAGAAGAUCUCUGCAGCCCAUACUACAGUGUCACGUGUCAUCAGUUAACGUCUAUCUUAAGGUAAUCGACAUAAGAUUAAAAUAUAAACAUUUAUUUUUGUUAUAUAAAUUUAUACAAUGUUUUCUGUUUAAUGCCUAAUUUCUAGAAAAGUGCCAGAAAAAAAUGUAAAUUAACUAUUUCGAUUUUACGUACAAUGAUUUAUACUCUCAUUUUGAAGACACCAUAAAGCACAUAAGCUAGAUAUUUACAAGUAGUUGUUAUCUUUUUCCUACCAAGUGUUUAAAAUGUCAAGGGUUUUAAAGACUCCACUUUUCCAAUGGUACUUGGCGCUCCUAGUCAAAAUAAUCUGAAUCAAUGGAUAAAUAAAUGGAAUAAAAAUCAA